GAUUUUCCGUGGAAAUCCUUUUCAAGGAAAAUUAGGAAAGCCCCGGAGUGCAUGUACAUGGUUCAAACGGAAAGUUCGUGACGAUAAAUGUGUGUGCAUAUUUGGAUGUGUUCGCGCAUAAGUUCCGAGAUAUAAAUGUGUGUGAUAAUCGAAGUUUCCGAGCAUCGAGAAGACGCUGUACCCUCAUACUUAUACGUUUAAUCGUAGCAUUGCACUUCUUCUCUGAACAUACGUACAUUUGUACAUACUGAAUUCGUGUAUAAACUCAUAAGCCGAGGCAAGCCGAAGCGACGUAUCCUUGAACAUCGAGGACUUACACUAUUCUCUCAAUUGUGCCUUCAAGCGAUCGCACUUCCAUCUACCAAGCACCCCAUUUGGUCGAGAGAAGCAGACAAAGAGCAAGAAACAGGCAAAGAGAGCGACUCCAUCAGCAGUGCUGGCAACAUUAGAAUAUAAAAAGCCGAGUUUUAUUGAGGAAAAACCGAAAAAGAAAAGAUUAAAUAAAAGUGUGAUGUUACAUAACUAACAAGUUGGAAAAAAACUAACGAAAACCGUUUGAUUCGUCUAAUCUGAUUUGAAAAUAACGAAAGUUACCCCAAAAGCAAGCUAACGAGAAGUUUUAAACCCGCUUUCUGUCACUUAACUACUUCGGUUAUAUAACAGGUCUGUGGCUGGGAACCACAGUGCCGUGGAGUUUUCCUACUCUGCAUGCACUCUCAGAACAAGCAUUGAUAAAUCUAGUAUCUUUUCCCGGAUAAUUUCCGUUUUUUUUUCUUGUGCAAAACAUUUUUUCAGAUAUUUCGAAGCAAAUAUCUGAAAUAAUUUCAUUUAUUUCUAGAUAAAUUAAAGGAAAUCUGUUUGUGCGUUACAGUGUGUGUGUUUCGUUUCGAGAGAAUUUGAAUAAUUGAAGGAAAGCAAAAGAAAUUGCAACGGUAAACGAGAAAGAAUAAAAUAAGUUACAUUCAGAAAGUUCGAUUCUACCCUAAUAUAGUGUGCUGUUAGUUGUUGUUAUUAAUUCAUUUUUGAACAUUAUAAGAAAUGGCCGAUAAAAAAGUAGCUGAACAAUACUAUGCGCCUCCUCCGCAACUGGGCAAAUGGGAAGGUUUCAAACAAUUCCUGUGGAAUAGUGAAACUAGCCAAUGUCUCGGCCGAACUGGCUCGAGUUGGGCUAAAAUUAUCAUUUUCUACAUAAUUUUUUAUGCAGGUUUAGCGGCAUUUUUCGGUGGUAUGUUAGCUGUAUUUUUCCAGACGUUGGAUAGUACUAAGCCCAAAUGGGAAUUGGAUGGUGGCCUGAUCGGAUCAAAUCCAGGUCUAGGUUUUCGUCCAAUGCCACCAGAAUCGAAUGUAGAAAGUACGUUAAUUUGGUAUGAUGCAGGGAAGCCUGACAAUAUGAAAUACUGGAUCGAAGAGACAGAACGGUUUUUAGAGACAUAUAGAAAUGCUCCCGGAGCAGAAAAUCGUGUUAAGUGCGAUUUCGAUAACCCACCACCAGAGGGUAAAGUUUGCAUAGUUAAUAUUGAUGGCUUCUAUCCAUGCACAAGAGAUAAUCAAUUCAAUUAUCCAAAAGCCGCUCCUUGUAUAUUUUUAAAAUUAAAUAAGAUUUAUAACUGGUAUCCAGAUAUGUACAACGAUACAACAAAACUUUCACCACAUAUGCCCGAAGAUCUGAAGGAACAUAUUCGAGCUGAAGCAGCCCGAGGAACAAAAAACACAAACGUUAUUUGGGUAUCGUGCGAGGGUGAAAAUCCAGCAGAUGUAGAAAGUAUUGGUGCUAUACAAUAUAUUCCACGAAGGGGAUUCCCCGGAUUCUAUUUCCCCUUCAAAAAUAUCGAAGGUUACAUGCCACCUCUAGUUGCUGUAUAUUUCGAGCGACCAAAAACUGGCGUGCUCAUCAACAUCGAAUGCAAAGCUUGGGCUCGUAAUAUCCACCACGAUCGCUCAGAGAGAAGAGGAUCCGUCCAUUUCGAGCUGAUGGUCGAUUAAGAAACAGCAACAGCACUUACAUAAAUUAAACCAACAUUUAACAAUAUAAAGUAAUAAUGCAUUACACAAGCUAAUAAGAGAAAAAAACCACAUAUAGAAAUCAACAACUCAGCUCAGUACAUCGCAUGCACUCUCUAAAAUAGACACAAAAACAAUGAAAUGAAAAGAUUACAGCAAAUUGUUACACACAAUUUCAGCAUUCACCAUUAUGAAGAAGAAAUGAUAGACCACAUUUUGAAGAGGACUUCGUUAAAGGACUUAACCUUGAUUCUUUCGGAUAAAAUCUGUUUUUGUUGUAUCACUGGCAGCCUGUACGUUGGUUUAUUUCGGUUCGAAUUAUGUUAUGAUUUUAGUUUCCGAUUUGUCGUUAUUUUGGUGUGGAAAUUAUAUUUUAAAAACCGAACGUGUAAUAAUGCAAAACCAUUUACAAUUUAAGUAGUAUUAAGAAAUUAAUAAAAAUAAUAAAACAAGAAAUUUCGCAAAGUAAAUAAACUAAGAUCUAGAAAAAUAAAAACAAAUAUAUAGAAACAAACAACAAAUUACACCGACUAAGUGUUUAAAAAGUAAAAUAAAAUUAUGAUUUGAGGAGAAAAACAGCAGAUGAAGUAAACUUAAUAAAUUCAAUUGUUAAAAAAGUGAAAGUAGUAGUAUUUAUAAAAAAGUACGCUAUUUUAGAUUGACACCAACAACAAAACAAGAAUUAUAAGGAUUAAUUAAAUGAGGUAAUAAAAAUGGAAAAUAAUAGUCAGAAAAAUUUAUGAAAUUCAUGAGGAGUAUAUACAAAUAAAAAAGAGAUGAUCUUGCGCUAUUUUUAAUUAUCUUUUAAAACUACUUAAGCAACAAAUUAAGUCUAUAUAAGAACGGAGAAAACUAGUUGAAGCAAAAAUUCGCAAGAUUGAACAACAAAAAAUCCCACUACAUCGGAAAAAUCUCCUGUUGAGUAACAAGUGGUAAUUCAACUAAAUUAUUUUUACAUUUAAUCCUUAAACAAUAAUUAAAUUUGUAAGAGCAUUUCAAGCAACAUUUAAAUUAGACCUUUGUUGCCAGAAUCAAGAAAAUUACCAACCGCCUCAUAUUCGAAAUUAUAUAUCCAAUGAAUAGUAACAGGAAAGAAUGAAAUAAAAUUUAUGAAUGGCAUUGAUAGUCAGAAAAUUGUUAAAUACAACGGGAGAGUAAGUAACGAAAGAACGCAGACAUCAACUUUGUAGAGCAGGUUGCUAGCUAAUAGUAAUAAAUUAAUAAUUUAAACUAAUAAAUUAAAAAUAAACAUCAAAACCAUACUAAUAACGUAAUGAAUGAAUAAAAAGGUGAAAAUGGGUAAUUUUUUAAAAAAAUGAAAUGGAAACACUUAAAAUGCAGCUUAAACCAAAAAUGAGUAAGCAAAUAAUGCACAUUAUGUUAGAACUAUUAGAAUGGAUGGUUAGAUUUCGCGCAUAAAGACAUCACUAUUCAGCUAUAUAACCAUUUUAUUUCUAACAAUAAAGUAAACUUAAAAAGAGUAAAUUUGAAAGUUAAUAAUUUCAUACCGAGUAAUUUAUUUCAAUUUAUUAAGAAGUAAGAGGAGCGCUGAAAAUUAUAAGAACUAAAAGUGAAAUUUACUAAAAAUUUAUAAAAAACAACCAUACACUUGUUAAUUAAUUUCAUAAACAAAAGUUAAUUCUAAGUCAACUGUAAGUAAAUGUGGCAACAAAGCAAAGGAUGUGUGCAUCAGAAAUAAAAUUUAUUAAGAUGUAAGGACGAUUGCAAAUAUACAUAUAUAUUUAGAAAUGAAAUAUACACAAAAAUUCUUUCGAGAAUGUAUAUCGAGAAUGACACGAAAACACGGAACAUUUACCAAAGAAAAGGAUAAAAAUUCCAAUUGAUAAUGGAAGUCGAGCAUUCGCGCAAGAACUAUUGUAAUGCCGAGAGACAGCGGGGGUUUUUAAUGCAUGCAUACAUAGACGAGAACAUUGCGAACUUGCAUGUGUUUAAUUUCUUUUUGCGGUACUUCGCAACUUUCUUAGUGCAAUAUAUAGCUGUUUUGGAAUUCGAAAAAUAUAUAAAUAUGUAAAUUCAGAUGGUAAGCAGAAUAAUCUUUUAUCUUUUUCCUAAGUUAUACUAGUUUUCAUUUAAAAAUUACACUUUGUUGUUCGUAAGUUUUAAGCUAAUAUGUAUGUAUUUAGUUUUAGACACAUAUAGUAUAGCGUUACAUAAAUUCCAUUACAAAUAAAAGAUGGCCUUGUAAAAUAAUUAAUUUUAUUCGGAAUUUUAGUGUCUUUUAAGAUUUUUAAACGGGUUUAUGUUUCCUAUUUGUUGUGUUAAUUUUUAUGUUGGACAUAACGAUGCAAAUAUUUCAUUUAUAAUUUCAAUAUUAGCAGAAAGUGAGGCCUGCCUGCCAGGAGGUUCAGAAGAGACAGACAAACUAAACAAUUUCUUAAUCUGUAAAAACGUAUAUACGUUUCGCUUUUUUAAAGUCACACUCCUAUUAUUAUUACUGAAUUGCUGAAAGAUAAAUAAUAGACUCGUUAAAUUUUUAGAAUAUUAUAGAAAAUGUGUCAUUGUUAAACAUAAUUUGAAUAGAGAAAACCAAAAUAGUUUCAAUAGAGAAAGUAAAAGCAGUAUCAGAACGAGUUGAAGAACUUAAAUAGCUAGCAGAGAACAUUAGGUAAAGAGUUGCAAUCCUGAUUAUAUUGUCAUCGUUAUACUAUUAAAAAGAGAAAAACAGGCUCUAUUGGCUUAUGCUCUAUUUUCUUUAUUUUCAAUUAGAUCUAUGAAGAAAAUUUCUGCAAAAUAAAUUUGAUUUAACUAAAACUGGGCGUUGGGGCACCUUGAAUAACAGAAAAGCUUCUAACUGAUCAAUGAAACAUCACAGGACGUUGAUAUUAAAAAUCAAACUCAUGACAGACUGGAAAGCACAAGUCUUGAUUAAUUUGUCCCCAAGCCAAUUUAACUUUUACCAAUUUGGCUUUUUUUCCCAAUUCCAUUCUAUGUUGAAACGCUUGUGAAAUUUAAAAGAAUUUCAAAAAUUGUUAUAAAUUUUAUGAUAUAUUAAUCGCUACAUGCUACCCCAAGGUACCCCAACCAAAGAAGUCUCUUAUCAUGAUUUUCAAUGUAACCUUAACGGUACCACAACCGACCACCUAAACAAACAAAGAGAAAAUACAACAUAGCCAGCACACGAGAUGGAUGAAAAGUAUUUGAAAACUUUACACACAAUAAUAAAAACGAGGGCCUCUUUUUAAUUUACUUCAACAAGUAAAUAAAUUGAAAUGAAGAAUAUAUAUAACUACAAUUAAAAACUAUAUGGAAAAUAUAAAAAAAACAUAAGAAAUAUUUAUGUUGUUUUGUUAAUUAAUAUUUAAAAACAUAUAUAUUCCAUUCACUGCCCGAAAACUAUCUACAAGAAGUUAAUAAGUAUUAUUAAAAAAUAUUUUAAAAAUAAAAUUUAAUAAAGAAAUGAGAUAAUUAAUGACAUAACUUAAAAAAUAACGAUCAAUGAUAUGAUCAUCUCUAAUGUUAUUAUUUAGAAGUAGAUAUUGCUCUCGCUUAAUUUAAUUUGCCCCCGUCAGUCGGAAUUUGAUUUUCCUGCCAUUUUUACACUUGCUAAUAAUUAUUAGCGUUCUCCAUUGCCCAUUCAUUUCUAUUUAUCCCUUUUCACGAAAGCAAUCCACUUAAUAUUAUACCGUUUAAUCGUUUUCCUUUCAAUAGAAAUUAAAAAGUAAAUCUAAAAUAAUACAUAUUCUCUGAAUAUAACUAAAUUAGUGAAAAAGGGCGAAUGCUUAGAACAAAUGAUAUAAUACAUUGAAUUCCCAGUCUCUAAACAAGAGGUAAAAUGAUUACAAAGGAGCGAAAUAAAUUCAUUCAAACUAUCGAUAUCUGAAUUUAUACGAAAACAAUAAUGAAAACAAAAUAAAAUGUUUUAUGAAAGUUCAAUGAAUGACAAAGACGUGUAAAUUCCAACGUAAAAGUUAUAACAAAAGAAUCGAAUUAAAUUUUACUUUACAUCUGAUUUAAAGCAGCAGAAAAAAUAAAUAAAAAUCACUGAGGCGAAAAAGAAAUUAUAUGAAGCUAUAUUAUAUUAUAUAAAGUAAUUUGUUCAACAAUUUUUUCUCCAAAUAUAUUGUAGUUAAAAAUUAAAAAAAAAAGAUAAAUAGACAACAAAAAUUAAGCAAAAAAUCAUCAAGCGAUAAAGAAUGUAGAAUAUAUGCUCUAAUACCGGUUAAGUUUAAAUUUAAUAAAUAUUUAGCUAAAAUAAAAUAAAAAAUGAGACAAAAAAAUAAAUAAAUGAAAUUUAAAAUUGUGCAGUUCAAUAGUGUCAGUUGGUCAGUCUGUGGGCUAUCUAAGAAGCCAAUCAGAACAGUCUCAGAAUUUGAACAGGUAAGCGAUCGGAUAUUCUGGUAAAGCAAAACUCACAAAGCAGAAAUACAAAUAAAGUUGAAUCUAUUCAAAGUUGACAACAGUUUAAAGGAGAAAUAGUUUAAAUGCUCGCAAACGUGAUAUUUCUCUUACAAAAAAACUACAGAACAAGUAAAAACACUCAACUCGAAUAUAGUACAGCAAAGAUCUUUUCAACAAACUAAACAGAAAAUUAAGUAGUAAACGAACAGAAUAACUCUGCAUACAGAAAUGAAUAACGGGAUGGCUAUAAAAGGUGAUCGAGAACAUAGUAAUGUAAACAAAAAUUUAAGAUAUAUAUGAACAUUACACACUAUUGUCUUUUUUAUAAAUAGGUGCAUAUACUCAAAUGCUACUAUAGUCGAGAGAAAGCAUAGUAUUAAUUUUCGAACAAAGAUAAAUGAAAAUAUAAUUAGUCGUUUCACAGUUAUUAUACAUACAUUAUGUCAUUUUGAUCCUUUGUUUCUAUUUAACUAUCUACUUUUCCCUCUUUCACUAUGUUUAGAUUCGCCUUCGUUUUACAUAGUUUCUUAACAUGACACCACCAAUCAUCAUGAAGACACAAACAUUACAAAGCAAAUGGAAAGAAAUUCUGUGUUAGAAUGAAAUUGUUUAAAUAUAAUAAAAAUUACGAAAAGUGAAAAAUGAGAGAUGAGAAAUUAUUGGGGAAUAAAUUAAUAAAAAUAAAAAAAAA